UCUGAUGAUAUCUUCUUUUUCUGAGCAGAAGCUUAAAUGUGUAGAAAUUUGUUUGAUUCUUCCCUCGGUAAUAUUCUACCUGUUUGAUCUUGGGCAAGUGACACUCUUACGUGGUUCAGUUUCUUUAUCCAUAAACAUGGAGAUAAUAACACUACUUCACGGAGAUCUUGUGAAAGGUAAUUGAAGUGUUCCCUGUAAAGCACUUAGAAAAAUGCCUGGCACAGUCGCCAUUCAGUCAGUGGUGCCUCUUUUUAUUACUAUAGCAAUGCCUGGCUUAAUUGACACCAACCCAUAUGAGUGUCAGCUAUAUGGGUGGUAAUGAAAGGGAGUGCAAUUAACUGGCAAGGUCGGAAGUAGGGUAAGUUCAUUCACUCUGCUGGUUAGCACGUGUCACCUGGACUCUACCAAUGUUCAAGGGAUUGUUAUUUUCAGUGAUAAUAACUUUAAUUAAGUCCUCAACUUUACCAUUGAACUGAAUACGUUGUUGUCCCCAGUCAUAUCAAAUGAUGAAGAAACAUCUCUUAAGAUCCAGGAAAAACUACUGACUUAACAGUGUAGUCACUAAUCAAAGGCAAAGGUAUUGAUUAAUGGAAUCACGAAAAUGUCUCAUAUUUAACUGGAUAUUUUACAUGUGGGAACAACACUCAGAUCUCUGCAGCAAUGUUUUGGUGCAGAAAGCUUGUAUUAGGGGAUUUCCAGACAAAUAAAACCAAUAGGAUAUUUAUCCAGCUAUCUGUCGAGAGAGAUUUAUUGUAAGAAACUGAUUCAUGUGAUUAUGGAGGCUGGCAAGUCCUAAAUCUGCAGGGUGGGCUGGCAGCCUAGAGUCCCAGGUACAAGCUGACGUGACAGUUUAAGUCUAAAGACCAUGAGGCUGAAGACCCAUGGGAGAGCCAAUGUUGCAGUUCAAGCGUGAAGGCUGUCUGUUGCAGAAUUUACUCUUGCUUGGGGGAAGUCAGUCUUUUUGGUCUAUUCAGGCCAAUAUGGAGGGCAGUCUGUUGUACUCAGAUCCAUUGAUUUCAAUGUUAAUCUUACCGAAAAGGACAUUCACACAAACAUUGACAAUAGAAUUUGACCACAUAUCUAGGUACUGUAACCCAACCAAGCCGAAUUACCUAGAUCUCUAUCUUUGCUUAUUUGGGGAAAAAAUCUCCCCCUGGUUGGAAAGACAAGACAAGACAAGACAUGAAAUUGGCCAUCACAGAGCUAAAUGUCAAUCAUCGGGUAAUGACUGUAUAACCCUAACCUGAAAAUUUUCCCCACUCCCUGCUUCCCACCCUUUCUCUCACCAAUCUGCAACAGACUAAACACAUGCUCCCCAACUUACAAUGGAGUUAAGUCCAGUUAAACCUAUCACAAAGGCACAUAAUUUUAAGUUGAACCAUGCUAAGUUGGAGUCCAUCUGCAUUGGACACAAUUGUGCAACAUGGAAUGGCUAUGCAUUUGUUUCAGACAGCUAUUGAAACACACAAUUGAGCUCAGGCAUGGUUGAAUUUGCUAACUGCUGCUUGAAGAAACUCCCGUGGCUGCACGAGAAAAUCAGGUUUCUUGUAUACAUUUGCAGGAAGGCUAACUUAAUGCUUUUGCUUUUACACCUCUGAAUUUAUCACGUUGCCUUCAGGGAAAGAUCAAACUACGUAAAGACUUACUGUAAAGGGGAGGCUUACCUCAGACUGUCUACCUACGUAUUCAUGCAUUGAAGGUGCCAUCACCGCAGUAUGAGAGAGGAUGGCAGGAGACAACGUUCAAGUGCUUGGGUUCUGGACUCAGACUGACGUGGAUUUGAAUUUCUGCUCUUCCAUUUAUCAGCUGUGUGUUCAUUGGACACGUUUGUUAGUUACUGUGUUUCUUGUCUGCCAAAAAGUUGAGGCUAAAAUAUCUACACCAUAAAGAGUUAUUGGGAGGAGUCAAUGUGAUAUGCAGAUCAUGGAGGAAACAAAAUCUGACAUUCUCAUGGGUUUAACAUGGGAACUCAGACAGCUUUGUAGAGAAAUAAUUCCUUUUAAGUGCAGAACAGGAAAGGGGACUGUACCCAAGAGGUCCCGAUGGGUCGUGUGGACUAGCCACAGAAUUCAGCAAUGGUCUCAUAGGUUGUCAUGGGCCAGCCUCUUAUCUAACAUAGGUUCAUUUAUUUAUCUGUUCAUUUAACAAAGAUCUGAGAUCUACUACACUCACAACUUCCUGCAUGAUCUAGUUACAUUGGGAAGUACAGAUUUGUAAAUUUGGACAUGUUUCAGAGUGAAAGGGGAUGCUGUUAAGAAUUACUAAGGACAACAGGCGAAAUCAGGACACAUGGUCACUAUACUAGGGAAAAUGUCUGGGAUAAGGAAAAAGAGGAAAUAGCCACCCUUUACAGCUUCUUCUGUGCCCCCACUCACUUCCACACUCCUUCCCCCUUAUUCCAGAGUGACAGUCUAACGAAAGAGGAAGACUAUUAUAUUGCGUCAAGAAUCAGGGCCAAUCAUAUUUUGGAGAAAGCUUUGUACUGAAGUAAGUGUUUUUAUUGUCUCAUAUUACCAUAGUGGGUUAAUUUUGUCAGACACAUGUGCCUGAAAGUGAAAAAGCCCCACAACAAUCAAAUUGAAAAAAAAAGGAGAGUCGUCCUAGUUUUUUUAAUUGGUCACUAUCAUUUUAUUAAACUUGUGGACAAAUGUAAACCUAAAAGAGCCAGUCUUUCCAGAUGGAUCCCAGUGACUGAGCCUAAAUCUAAACUAGAGCCAAGCUGCCACAUGCAGACUAGAGCUCACAUAUGUACUAGGAAUUCCCCAAAAGCCCAUACCUCUAUCUAACUCUGCAACUUUCAGAGGUCACCUGAACCAACCAGCCAGAGCUCACCUGCCCCUGCCAAUCAGGGCUCAGUCGUGUUGACCAAUCAGAGAUCAACUGAGUCAACCAAUCAGAACUAAUUUUGAAUCCUUUAUUUGCAUGAAUGGACUGUACUGAGAACCUCGAUGGGAACUUUCUCUAUAAAAGCCAUAUCCUCUUUUAGUUCUCUGGAACUGCGCCUUUGUUUUACACUGAAGUCUGCCCCUCCCUGGUGUGCAAGCUGUUCACAGGAAUAGUCUCCUUCCUCCAAAUUCCUUUUCAGAGAACUUCCCUUCGUAAUAUGAUGCCAGAGGUAGGAGACAUGCUUACUCACAGCUUUGGAUUCAAAUCCUUAAUUCACCACAAUUACAAUCAAACGAAAAAUCAAACAAAGAAAUAAAAAGUGGACAAAAACCUCAAACUAAUUUUCUCCUCAAUUUACAAGGCUGAACAGCUAGGAGGGCAUUUAUUGGUUCAGGACUGGUCACCUGCUCACAUUCUGAGCCAAUGGCUCAGGCCCAGGGCUGAAGACACUUCAUUAGUUGAGCCAGUGGAGAGUGGGGUUUGGGUGCUCUCAUUGGAUACUUCCAUCGUAAGUGAUGCAUACUCACAGGACAUUAAGCUUUGCAUUAAAAAAGAUUGUAGACUGGGAAACAAUAGAAUUAGACAAAUGUGAAUGAGUUAGAGUCCUUACUUUAUUUUCUCGGAAGCUUGAAAGGGGUGCUGUUCAUUGAAUUUUUGAUUUAGCUAUUUCUGCACUGUGGGUUUUUGUUACGUAUUUAAAUGAAUAGUAUAAUAGAGGUAAUGUUGAAAAAAGAUUAUAUGAGGUCUGCUUUUUCCAUUAGUAAUGUUUGCCCCGUUUGAUGCUUCUAAAUUGUUAUUUACAGCAGUAAACUGUUUCCCUUUGUGUGUGUGUGUGUGUGUAAUGUGAUUUAAUUUAUAAUAUUUCAGGUAUGAGUUUUGUAACCACGUUUAUAAAUGUUCUCAGAUUUUUGUAGUGUGCAUCCUUCAAUAGGUAUCAACAUCAUGUUUUAUUUUCUUGAAAUAAGUUUUCUCUGCCAGGCACAAUAGCUCAUGCCUGUAAUCCCAGCAGCUUGGGAGGCCAAGGCAGGAGAAUCACUGGAGUCCAGGAGUUGGGACCAGCCUGAGGAAACAUAAUGAAACCAUGUUUCUCACACACACACACACACACACACACACACACAAAAUACAAAACUUAGCCAGGUGUGGUGGCACGCGCCUCUAGUCCCAGCUACUUGGGAGGCUGAAGAGGGAGCAUCACUUGAAACCAGGAGGCAGAGGUUGCAGUGAGCUGAGACCGCACCACUGCACUGCAGCCUGUGCGACAGAGCAAGACUCUGUGUACCUUUGUCUGAGGUAGGCAACCCGGCCACUUAGGCGGGCAGACGCCCUCUGUGAUUGGCUGACAUGAUGCCAAGCAACAGGAUCAUCCAAUCACCUUCAAUGGAGGGAAGAUUGCUGACAGGCUCCCUUGGUGACACUUCAUCCAAUCAUAUGUCGAGUUGGACUGUGAAGUAGAGCCAUGCGACCAUACCAAAGUGCCCCCCCCUUCCCUGGUCCCCAACCGUCACUCUCUGUUCUUGCCAUCUAAUGGCUGCUGCUUCUGCCAUGGCUGAGGCUUCCUCUGAGACAACCUCGGAGGAAGGCCAGAGCAUCCGGGAGCCCAAAGAGGCCAACUCCACGACGGCCCAGAAGCAGAAGAGGCGAAGGCGCCGAGGCUCCCGCAGGCGCCACACCAACCGCCACGGGGACAGCUUCGGGGACAGCUUCGCCCCCUAUUUUCCCCGGGUGCUGAAGCAGGUUCACCAGGGCCUCAGCCUUUCCCAGGAGGCCGUGAGUGUCAUGGAUUCUAUGAUCCAUGACAUAUUGGACCGCAUCACCACCAAGGCUGGUCAGCUGGCCCGUUACACCAAGCGUGUGACCAUCACCUCCCGGGACAUCCAGAUGGCCGUGCGCCUGCUGCUGCCUGGGAAGAUGGGCAAGCUUGCCGAGGCCCAGGGCACGAAUGCCGCCCUCAGGUACACCAAAAGCAAGUGAGCUGUCUCAGGAGCGCCUGAGCACCUGGGAAACCCAAAGGCUCUAUUCAGAACCACCUCCCGUGGCCCUAUAGGCCAGUGGCCCGCCAAGGGGGGGACCCCACCGGAGGUUGGGGUGGGUGGCACCGUUCCAGCUUGGGGGGCAUGUGCCGUGUGGCCUCCUGCGGUUUUUUCAAGCAUUUUUCCCACAGUGCAAAACACUGUCAACUCCAAUAUAUCUGUAGUGCAAUAUGCUCCAAGGAAAAGUAGGGGGUGUUUCCGUAAUCGUGUUUCAUGUCCUCAGUUUCCUAAAUGGCCGUUUUUAUUAGUU